AUGAAAACACUGGUUAUUGGCCUAGGAGGCGUAACAAAUGGGGGGAAAACAACACUGGCAGAAAAGCUUAAGAAAAUGCUUCCAAACUGUGACACGAUAUCACAGGAUGACUUCUUUAAGCCAGAGUCUGAAGUAGAAACAGAUGAACGUGGAUUUAAGCUAUAUGAUGUACUUGAUGCCCUCUAUAUGGAUGAAAUGGUGAAAAGUAUUCACAACUGGAUGAAAAGCCCAGCAAGCUCAGGUGCUGUGACCAAACCACAGAAUACACGUGACAACCUGAAAAAUACAGAUGAUGUUCAUAUUUUGAUUGUUGAAGGCUUUCUGCUAUACAAUUAUGAGCCGCUAAAUCAGCUAUGGAAUAGAAGAUAUUUUUUGACCCUUCCUUAUGAAGAGUGCAAAAGGAGGAGGAGCACCAGAGUCUAUGAGCCAGCAGAUACACCGGGGUACUUUGAUGGACACGUGUGGCCUAUGUAUCUGAAAUAUAAAAGUGAACUGGAGGAGAAUGCAGGUAACAUCGUUUAUUUGGAUGGAACAAAAUCCCAGGAGGAGCUUUUAUCCUGUGUGUAUAGUGAUAUAAUGCAGGAAUUGAAAAAACUAAGAGAAGGAAAUCAGCAGGUCACAGCAUGA